UUCUUCUUCACAGAGAGAAAAAGAAAGAAGAGAGAGAAAAAAGGCGGACCAAAAUAUACAGCCAGAAGGAGCUGAAAAGCUCCGACCACAACCAUUUCCAUGGCGAAUAUAUCAAGAAAACCUUACAAUAACAACAAUGGCUUAACAUCUAGAACCGUUUACGAUGACGCUUUUGGAGGACCUCAAAAGUUUGGAGUUCCAACUCUCUCUCCUCGAGUUGAAGAUUACUGCGAGAUUUUCGGAGGAUUUCAUAACUCUCGUGCUUCAUCUAUUCCGUUUCUAGAUCUUCCAGCGGUUGACGACGCACAGAUUGUUGAUGUUCGUAGCUCUGAUUUCGAUUAUUCUGAAGUAUUUGGCGGUUUUGAUUCUUUAGAUUUUGCUAUCUCUUAUGAGGAAUUGAUUCGUCGUUCUAAAUCAACUGCUUAUGAUUCUUCAGAUGAAGCUUGGACUCCUACACCAAGUGAACACUUAUCGAAAGAAUCUGGAAGUCCUGUUUAUUCUGAGAUAAGUCAAUGUUUAAAUGCUGAAAUCAAUCUGUCUGAGGAGUUGGAUAAUAGGAUGUCACACAUGGACAAUUUGCGAGCUACUCAGAAGAACGAACGUUUUAUGGUAACUGAAUCUCUUAACGAUAAGGGUGUUAAAGGAGGGGCAAAGGAAGGAAGACAAAUUAGGAAAACUCUAUCUCAUCCAGCAGGCAGAAGUGUAGAAAGAUGGAACUCAGGAAAUUAUGUUGAACCUCCUAUAAACAGUGUCACAGCUGAUUCUCAUUCUAGUGCUGCGUUUAUAACCAUAUCAGACAUUAACCUUAAAACCCAGCCUUCUCAGGUUCCACCACCUUUAAGGCCCCCUCCGGCUUUAGCUAUGAAAGAUGGAAAGUCAAACAGGCAGAAAGCAAAACUCAAAUCUUCGAAAAGCUAUGCAUUUGAAAGGACGAUGGAUGAAGGCUCACCACCUUAUUUUGACGUGGAAAUGGAUGCUAGUUCAUCUGCAGCGGAUAGAGAUGGAAUGGAAACAACUCGGGAAAAACUAAAAAGUGCGAAAGAAUUAAAGGAGAGGGAUUAUCAUCAAAGCCGUCCAAAACGGGGUCUAAAAGUUGAUUAUAAAGUCAAACAAGAAAGAAGGAGCAAGACCUCUGAUGGUAGUUUUGAAGAUGAAGGAAUGCAAAGGAUAUCUCAAAGUGAACUUAAUGGAGCAGAAGCUUUUCUUGUGGAGGAAAGACAACACGAUACUAUCAAGAGAAAACCAGUUGUUUCAGAAUCAGCUGAACAUGAAAAACACAUAAAUAUGGCUAAAUCUGCAGUCAAGAAGCAUGGGAAGGAACGGAAGUCAUCUCCCGAGCUUCGCAGAACUCAAGGUGGUACAGCAGCGUGGAUUGAAGAAGCCCAAUUUUUUGAGGUUACCGAGAAUGAUAAAUCAAGAAGAAUAAUUGGGCAUGUGAAAGAUGAAAACCCUUUAAUACAAAUGCAUUCCUAUAACUACGAACAAGAGAUAGCUGCUUCAGAAUUUUACCGGAAGAGAGACCAUAGGAGGAAAACGAAAACAGAAAAAGUGACCGGUGAAUUGGAUCAAAACUUGGGUAGAUCAAAAGGUUCCAAAGAAAUGAGCAGGCCAAGGGAACGUGAGAAAAAAGAAACAAUAGGUCACACUGCACUCAGACAAGAAGGGGAAAAUAAGUCAUCAGUGGUAUGUCAAAAUGAUGAGAUUAUGAAGAAAGACGAUGAAUGUGCUGAAUUUGAUUAUUUGAUUGAAAUUAAACAAAAUGGCCCUGAGUUGGAAGCUAAGCAUAAAAACGAUGAGAUGAAGAGACCUGAAGAUUUUAAGAGAAGGCCAGAAAGUCCAAAGAGAUUUGGAGAAGCUGUAGACAGAGAAAAGCAUGAGAGUAGAAUCAAAAACUCCGUUCAGCAAUUCGAGGCUCAGAAAAAUACAGAAGAAGAUAUAACACAAGAGGGAAAAAGAAAGCAACAAAUAAAGGUUGGCAGAGAUGUGAAUGAGGGGAUGCUAAAUGUGACCAGUGAAAGAGAAGAGACCCUGAACAGUCAAAGCAGUACUCUCCUGUCCAAGACAAUAGUGAGAGGAUUAGAUGUUCUAGGGAGUAAACUGCAGGAGGAGGAAGUGGAAUUAGCAAAUCUGAGCAAAGAUUGUAAAAACGAGAAAACUGUUGAUGAAAGUAAGGAAACGGGCAAGGGGGUUAUCGAGGAGUCCUCCGGUGGUUUGGAGAAUGAGGAGAAACUGAAAUGGUUUUCUGAGGAAGGACAUCAAGUGAAGAAUCAAAAGGAAGUUUGUUUAGUAAAGGAGGAGGUGACACUCACUGAAGCCCGCAAAAGUGAAGAGAUUCUUAACGUGGAAGAGAAAAAGGAACAAUCAAAAAAUCCAAGUGAAGAUAUUGAAACACAAAUUAUAGAAGACAACAAGGGGGAAAUAAUGGGGGAAUUAACACGUGCUCAUGUUUUGGAAGAACCGAAGGGACUAGGCGAUAACCAGGACCAAACCGAGACAACCAACCAAAUGUUUGAUGAGAUUUUAGAGCAACGGCCUGAGCCAUGCAAGGCAGACACUGAAAAUCUCCAACUCAACCCAGAAGCCUUAGAAAAUGAGGAUGAAAAGAACAUUAAAGUAGAAGUAACAAAUUGGGACCUUUCAUCUGAUGAUGAUGGAACUAUGGCAACUGAAUUAGACUCCGAGGAUCAUUGGGUAGCAGUUGAAGUGAUCAAUGUGCAUUGUGAAGAGAGAUUCAUCUCUCCUGCUUUGGCUCAUAAUAAUGCUAUGCUUGAAAACAAGAAAGUGAAGGAAUCUGUUCAAGCUAGGACUAUAGUUGGUCAGAAGGCUCCUGAAAUAGCCACUAAUUCCGAGAAGGUCAAUGCACAUAUGAGAGUAUUUAACAAGGAAGAUGGAAGGAAAAUAGGGACUGAGAAGUCGAUCAUGUCCGAGGGAAAAAGUAACACAGACAAUUCAUUCAUGUCGGGUGAUAGAGCUAAGGAUGAAAGGAUUAAGAGAGAAAAAGAGCUGGAAAGAGAUCGUCUUAAGAAGAUGGAAGAAGAGAAGGAGAGAGAGAGGGAAAGGGAAAAAGAUCUGAUGGCUGUUAAUAGAGCUACUCUUGAAGCCCGAGAUAGAGCUUUAAAUGAAUCCCGUGAUAGGACUGCAGUUGAGAAAGCAACUGCUGAAGCUCGACAGAGAGCGAUGGUUGAGGCCCGAGAAAGAUUAGAGAGAGCAUCUGCUGAGGCUAGGGAGAGGUUAUUACCAGAGAAGGCAUCUAUGGAAGCCAGAUUGAGGGCAGAGCGUACUGCAGUGGAGAGAGCGACAGCUGAAGCUCGAGAGCGUGCUUUCCAGAAAACCAUGGCAGAUAAGUCUGCUUUUGAAGCUAAAAGAUCAAUAUCUGAUAAACAUUCUGUGAAUAAUUCGGUGGAAAGUCGGGAUACACAAUUUCAGGCUGUUGGAUCUUCCUAUGCUGAAUCUCCCCAGAGGUGUAAAGCUCGGUUAGAGAGACAUCAAAGAACUGCCCAACGUGCAGCAAAAGCUUUAGCAGAGAAAAAUAUGCGUGAUCUUAUAGCUCAAAAAGAACAGGCAGAGAGAAAUAGAUUGGCUGAGUCUCUGGACGCUGAUGUCAAGAGAUGGUCCAAUGGGAAAGAAGGGAACCUCCGUGCAUUGCUUUCAACGCUACAAUAUAUUCUUGGACAGGAGAGCGGUUGGCAGCCGAUUCCUCUCACAGAAGUGAUAACUUCUGUAGCCGUAAAGAAAGCUUAUAGGAAAGCCACUUUAUGUGUGCACCCAGACAAACUACAACAAAGGGGAGCUAGUAUUCAUCAAAAAUACAUUUGUGAAAAGGUUUUUGAUCUUCUCAAGGAAGCUUGGAACAAAUUCAAUUCAGAGGAGCGGUAGUCAAGAAUGGAGAUUGCUUACUUCUCAGUUUAUCUGCAGAGAUAUGGUCAUAAAGGUGACCUCUUGUAAUUCAAACUAUUUACUAUAUUGUUUAGUGAGUAAAUAUUUCCAAGAAAAAUCUGUUUUUAGGUUGGUCAUUAGUUUCUUCUUCUCAAUGUAAUAGCUUAUUAUUAUGCUUCAUCUUAGAUUGAAAGGAAAGAUUUGAUUAGUCAGGAAUGGUGAAAAGAUGCUCUAUCCAUUUUUAGUCUCUCA